AUGGAUGGUCUCACGAUAGCAGUCGAGGACAACGUGUCCGCCUCGUCAGCCAGAAACUCUCCGGGACCUCCACCACGCCCAGCAACGAAUCACCCAGAGGUCAUAGCUCCCUUCUCGAUAAGUUCUGAUCCUAGUGAAAGACACGAUGCAGUCAUCAGCAGGGAGCUCGGUGUCACUCCCGGCAUGAAACGUCUUGAUGUUGUCGACAAAUCGACCACAAAUCACUCCGAUCCGGAGGGCGUUGGAUCGUGUGGGCAUCCGGCCCCCCUUCAACGCGCUGACGCCAAAGAGAUCCAUAGAAGUCGAAAGUCACAGCACGACAUGGAACCCACGAUGCAGAGUUUGCGUGCAGUUGAUGAGGACAGUCUUCUUCGAUCGCCCCGAGAGAUCGACGUCGUGUGGGAGGAGCUUUACCGCGAAUCCCAGCGGGCUGAUCAGGCCGAAGCCAGGGUCGCGGACGUGAGAAACGAAGCGCUUGCACGUCUACAAAAGGCACAUCAAGCCAACCAGCUUGCGAAACAGCGGAUCGCGAUGCUGCACGCAGAGGCGAAUCGUCUCCACGCCGAGGCGAAGCGUCUCCAACGAGAGCUCGAAGAAGCGCAGUCUCGCGUUUUUGCACUCCAGCCUUAUGGCAAAGAUCUUACUCCCGAGGAGAUGGGAAGAGAUUAUGGUGCUUUGAUCGAUACUGUCUCGAAUUGGGUCCAGGAGUUCAUGACCCCUUUUCUUGGUGACAAGGCCUUGAUGUCCAAGCUCGUCGCGGAGUCAAAGGAGCUUCCCCCGAAAAAUAAUAGCCUCAAGAUUAUUCUCGACAGGGAAGGCGACCUCGCCCACGGCUGCAGGUAUGCAGAUACGGACAUUGAUGUCGCGAUUGCCAUCACAAUGAGAUUUCUGCACCAUCAAAUCUUGAAGCCAGCACUAUACGGAGCAGCCCACUCCGCCGUUGGGUUGCUGAAUUUGAUGGAGAAAUCCAUGCAAACAAAUCUGAAUCCCAAAAGAGACGCCUUGUACAUCCGAGUCUGGCGUGCCGAGGCAUACAACGCCCUUCUCUCUUCUCGCGACUUCUCGGCAGUGCGCGAGAAGGUUGUCAUCCAGCAUACUAGACAUCUAGCAACAAUCUUUAGUUUGUUUGCAAUGGGUAGAGAUUGGGAGUCGUUCUGCAACAACUUUGAGGCGAAUUGCAUUCGACCCGCCAUUCUGCUCCGCGAGAAAUCACUCAUCUCGACGCACCACUUCUACUUCAGCCUCGACAUCUAUACAAUGGAGAAUAGCUCUCAGCCAAGAAGUUCCCUGGUUGCAUUUCUGUCUGACAUUCACGGUAUCCAUUGCGCAAACCUCCUUCAGAACCGGAAGGUCUUCAACAUGAGCAAGCUGGACCCGGAUACAACCAUAGAGGAGAUCCAGCAGAACCUGGUCUAUGUAAUGACGCUCACGCCUGGCCUGUACAUGCGCAAGGUACGGAAAGGGGACUCGAUUCAUUCACCCAUGAUUGUGCACAAACCACAGAUGCUUGCUGCAUGGGGACCUCCCGAGGCACGGAGGGAGGCCAUGGAUAAUACAGAGCCUACGCUGAUGGAGAAAUUACAUGCUGGCGAAGUCUCGAGGCCACAGCCAGCUUAG